AUGGGUUGUGUAUCAUCGAAGUUAUUCAAGAACGAAUUUCAUCAAGAAGCAAUUUUUAACAGGAAUGCCCUAGAUCCACUGAUAGAAUUCGUUGAGCCACCAACAAAAUUGUCUCCUCCACAAAAUCAGGUUUUUGAGAAGAAAGUUUUAGAGGAACCAACAACAGAAGUAAUCAAUACAUGGGAAUUGAUGAAAGAUCUUGAAGAAGGUAAUAAUCAAGUGGUACUCAAGUCUGGUACACCAGCAAAGAAAAGUCCAAAAUCACAAGGUGGUGGAUUAUUACAAAAAGUUGCAGAAAUCGGUACAAGAAUGUCUCCAAAGUAUGGUAAUUCCCCAAAGAGUAGGCAGAAGAAAUUUGGAGGUAAGGAAAACAACACACCCAGCAGACAGAAUAGUGGCAUUGGAAGAUUUGAGAGCCCGAAAGGGGUUCUGAAGCCUCUAUCUUCUUCAGAGAAUGUUCAGAGGAUUGUUCCUAGUUUGAAGUAUCCUGUUAAGAGUAGUACUCCGAUGAGUUUGAAAACAGACAGUUUUAGAUUUGAUUCAAGGGUUUCGAGUUCUUCGAGGAGGAGUUUAAGCCCGUUGUUUGAUCCGGAACUUCUGGUGUCGUUCGAGAAAGAGUUGGAAGAAGAUGGUUUCUGUAAAGCCUAG